AAUACUGUAUUUAAAUUCUCUCGUGAAUCUUGGUUUUAAAACUAAAUUUAUGGAGUAUACAAAUCUUCCGUAAGUAAAUAUUUAACAUGGAGCUUGGAUUUAUUGUUUCGUGACAAUGAUCAGACCAAUGAAUUCCAUUUGCAUCUUUUUAAUAUGAAAAAAGGUGAGUAAAUGUUUUAUCAUUCAUGUGUCUCAUCUUAUAUGGGGGAGAACUGUGCAACCAAGCACACAAAAUAAAGUUGUAUUCAUCACACUUCAAAAGUUUAAUGCGUCUUUGUCAUAAAUCGAGCACAUGUUCGUUUUUCCUGAAUUGGGUAUGAACAAGGGAUAUGCCAGUGCGAAUGAUGAACGUAUUACUGCUGUAUUAGCACACCGUACGUGCUGCAUAAAAAGAAAAUACAUAUUUGAAACCGAAAGAGUCGAGGUGACAGAGUUCGCACACGAAGCCAAGAACCAUUUAUUUGGGCUCAAGAUGGUUCAAGAGUGUAAGUGAAUAGGCAUGCUUCAUGCAGUAGAACAUAAUCACAUUCUAUGCGAAAGCAGGAAGCAUGCACGUCUUUUCUUAAAAAGCUUUUUUCAUCCUACAAUGUUUUGAUAUCUUCAUCAAAUCGCAUUAGAUAUUAACUAAAAUGUAGGCUAAGCCCAUCACUUAUCUCCUCAUAAUGAUGGCUUUUAUAUAUUUUCUCUGGCUCUCUUUUUCAUUCACUCCCACACAUUUGAUCUCGUCGCACAUUUAGAUUAACCUUAUCACAGUUUGGAAAACAAGUCACUGAAUUAUCUAGUCCUUCCCCGCAAGACACGAUACGAACUGUAGAAAAAAAUACUUAAUACUUCUCAUCAGUUACAUCUAGAGUAUCAUAGAUAAAGAUACCUAUCAUCCCUUCAAAGAUCAGACAAUUUGCAUUUGUGAACAAGUAUUUCGAAUUCAAAUUUUAAUUAACGCAUAUUUACGGGAAUCUUCCUGCAUGCAUGCAUGAAAAGGAGACACUUCGGCUACACGAUACGUCGAUACGUACUACUAACAAACCAUGUACAGAUUACAUGUAUGCAAUUCUGAGUAUGUUAACAAUUUUCUCCGUAAAACAUCUAAGGAUUAUGCGAAUUAUGUUAGGCAUCCACCGUAUAUUAACACAAAACAUAUGGUCAACCACCAAUUAUAUAUAAUGGUUCAUGGUUGACAGCCUUUAACCACUAUUGAACAUGCUUACGCGUGAUACCAUGAUUUAUAAAAUACUAUUUAUAGGUGUAUGUUAAGAUUUUGGUAAUCACCAGUGACACAUCACGAUGGUUAAUUCCAGCAUUACAAAUCGGUUCGGAUAAGAUAUAUAUUAAUUAGUUUAAUAAUUUGAUGAUAUUUUAGCAGUAUUUUGAUUUUGGUAAUCGCCAGUGACACAUCACAAUGGUGAAAUCCAGCAAAACAAAUCGGCCAUUCGAUUUAUAUAACACAACCAAUUUACCUUCAAGUUAUACACAUAUAACGAAUUCAUGCAUACACCUUGUCUCAAAUUUUGAAUUUAAAAAUGCUUAGAAUUCUUCAUUUUGGAUGAUUACAUGAACAACUUUAAGAACGAGGGUAACAUAUCGAUGCACUAUGUCCAAGAGUCUUAUCCCAUUUCUCAUGUCUUUUAGAUCUUAUCUUCCUCCUACAUUUAAUCAAACCGUGGGGAUACCCUUAUUUUCACAGCUUCAAAAAUAAUGCAUAUCUCCUUUUAAUCAGAAACAUAAAUGUGUCUCCAUAAGUUUUAGUUAUUUGUUUAAAAUUUUGAUAAAGGUUUCCUACAUAAAAACUACACAAAGCUAUAUGAAUUACUUGAUAUAUGGGUAUAAACUUCCAACUCAAAAAUCAGCUGAGAUUGCAUAGGGUAGUCUACAUCAUCAUUCAUAUAUUAGAUUAUGCUAUUUCUUACAUUACCAAUGAAUACAUGUGUAAUGUUUGCAUCUGAUUGGGCCGGAUUGAUAACUUUAUUGUUUCACUUUCAAUCAAAAUGGUACUAAAAUCGUAAGUUGAUAAACUGGAUUUGAAUAUAAGAAUAAAAAUGAACAAUAACCUAAUUAAAGUGAUUCUACCACUUAGCAUACUUGUGGCUGAAUGGAGAUGCGUGUACAGCAUUUACGGUCUCCUGUGUGUUUUUUUUGGGCAACAAAGGAUCGCAUUAAUAAAACAUGUAAGUGGUACAUGGGCUCCUGUGUGUAUUUUAUCAUAAUAUAAAUGGAGAUGCGUGUACAGCAUGUACUUUUAUGUAUAUAUGGGCAAACACACAAAUAUACUUUACUAUUUUUUUUAGGGUUUUCUUUAUUAAAGAAAGGUUUAUAUAUUAUUAUUUUUUGUUGCCCAAUAGUUGAGUGCCAGGGCAAGCCAUGCCCAUAGAGAUUGUUUGUUUUCAUGAGAAAUUAAAAGAUUACAAAACUAAUAAAUUAGGGAAGAUGCAUGUUCGUGCGAUCUCGUAUGUCAAAGUACAGCAUGGCCGUAGUUGACAAACGAAUGACACAUAUUAUAGGUUUUUUUAGUAAAUAUCAUAUGAAUAUUUAUAUAUCUUUUUCAUGGUAGUAAAGUAUACGGAAUGGAACAUUUAUAUAGUUUUCAUAAUAACUAUGUAGAUCAUGUAUUAUUGCAAAAGAAGACGACAUGGUCCAAAACAAAUCAUUAACAAUACACAUUCAUCCAUAUAUAUAUACACAAAAACACAUAUAGUGGACCUACGUUUAUGACUUUGUGUAUAUAUAUACAACGUACGAAACUAGUACCUCUAUACAUUUCAUCUCACACUAAACCUCCAAAGAAAACGUCCAUCUCUCUUCUCUCUCAUAAAUCAUAACCAUGAUGAAGAAGAGCAAGCUGAUCACAAAGGCAUGGAAGCAAAUGUCUAGCAGAAUAGCCAAACAUCGGGCUUCCACCGAGAACCUUCAUAUACCACAUGACGUACCAAAGGGACACCUAGUGGUGUACGUAGGCAAAGAAGAGGAGAGUUACAAGAGGUUCGUGAUCAAGAUCACGUUGCUUCACGAUCCCACCAUCAGGGCUUUGCUUGAUCAAUCAAAAGACGAAGCUUACGAUGAUUUCACUUCCGGAGAUUCUAAGCUUUGUAUCCCUUGCGAUGAAAUCCUCUUCCUCGAGGUCCUCCGUUGCGCUUCUCCCCGUUAGUCUUGACUUUUGAUCUUGAUGAGUCUCUAAUUCGAGUAAAGGUUUAGUUGUUCGGCUAAUGUAACACGGGUCCUCUUGAGAUCUAUGUAGAGUUAAUGAAGAGAUUUGUAAUGUGAACCAUUUUUAGCUGAUAUAAGACCUUAUUGAUUGCGUUGCAUCAACUUAUCAUAUACUUUAUAUUACGGAGCAAGAUAUAAUUUUUCUCAACUGAUAUGUAGUAAUAAUGAUAUUAAAGUAUCAAUGAUUAUGGUAAAUAAAAACAAAAGCCA